UGAGGAUGCUUGAGUAACUCUGUUAAUUCUUCGUAUUCUUCAUCCUUUGUUCGCAACACCUUCACGACCGCCUUCCACUUCCUAUCCAAGACAGUAGCAAAGUCUGAUAUCUAUUUCCUCCAACAAUCAAUAACUCAUGGCAGAUGUCUAUCGCUUUGAAACACGGCAAGCCGACCCGCUGGAAGGGUCCCAAACACAGCCAAGUGUCGACCUUGAUUUAAGUGACAAACCACCAAUCGAUGAGAAGAGCCUCGAACCAGAAGACGUGGAGAGUCACCUUCGAUACCUGCAAAGUGUGAUCAAAGAAAAUGAAGAUGAUCUCAAUUUUCCAGCCCAGUUACUUCAACAAGCUUCUGCAGCCUUCAACCCCGAUGUAUCGGAAAGGGAAAUCGUGGAAAUCACGGUAGCCGUUCGCGCAGAGCUAAAACUAGCCAAAGAAAAUUCACCGUAUCCUGAGGUUCGGGCUUGUGUCGAGCCUUUUGACGAUCCUACAACACCAGUAAUGACCUUUCGGAUGUGGACGAUUGGAUUACUACUUGUCUUUUUGGGGACUGGGCUCAAUCAAUUCUUUGCCCCUCGUCAGCCAUCUAUUGGGCUGUCUGUGACCUUUGCACAACUCGUGUCAUUUCCAAUAGGCUGUUUGAUGGCGAGGGUUUUACCCAAGCGGGUCUUUCGUAUCUUGGGUUAUCCUUUCACUCUCAAUCCUGGCCCUUUCAAUAUGAAGGAACACAUGUUGAUCAGUAUUAUGGCCAAUGCAUCAUUCGGGGGAGCCUACGCAACAGAUAUCAUCGCUGUACUUAAGAUCAAACGAUUUUACAACAAUCCUACUCUGGCUGACAACAUGGGCUUUCAAGUGUCAUUGGUUCUGAGUACGCAACUCAUCGGCUACACUUUGGCUGGGAUGACAAAAAGAUUUCUAGUCUAUCCUGCAGCGAUGGUUUGGUGGGGAAAUCUUUUAGAGAUCGCUGUUCUACGCGCUUUGCAUUCUGUAGACAGCAAAAAUGUUGGCCCAAUCAAUGGGUGGAAGUUGUCCCAAAUGAGGUUUUUUUCCAUAUGUGCAGUCACCUACGGAAUAUAUUUCAUCCUUCCCGAUGUAUUUUUUCAGAGUCUUUCAUUUUUCAACUGGACCACAUGGAUUGCACCCGAAAAUGUCAAACUAGCCAUGAUCACAGGCACGGUCAGUGGUCUAGGCCUCAAUCCCUUCCCGACUUUGGACUGGAACUUCAUGGACUUGGACCCCAUUGUUACGCCUCUAUGGUCCAUUAUGAACCACUAUACUGGGGCUAUUGGGGCGUUCAUCGGCAUAGCCGUUUUGUACUUCAGAAAUACUUUGUACUCAGCCUACUUGCCUAUUAAUAGUAACGGAGUCUUUGACCAAAUGGGCAAGCGAUAUAACGCAAGCAGAGUAUUGGAUGCAAAUGGGGUGCUUGAUCAGGCGAAAUACAAAGCCUACUCCCCGCCUUUCAUUGCCGCCUCUAAUAUCAUCGAAUAUACCGCAUUUUUUGCGUUCUACACCAGUACUGUGGUCCAUUCUGCUCUUUACUACCGAAGGCACAUUGCGGGAGGUUUUGGUCAACUUGCAAAAUCUUGUAAAAGAAGUGAAAUUUUCAAAAAGAUAUGGAAAUCAGACAAUUCUGACCAUGGCUUGGGAAGUGAUGAUACCCAACAAGAGCCAGAUGGAGAUAUUCAUUAUCAGCUCAUGCAAGCUUAUCCAGAAGUACCGGAAUGGUGGUUUAUGAUUAUUGGUGUUAUUUCCAUAGGUCUUGCAAUAUUCAUGAUUGAGUACUACGAAACACAGAUGCCUGUCUGGGGCUUAGUUUUUGCCCUUGCGAUCGCCAUCGUCCUGGUCAUCCCCAGUGGAAUCAUGAGCGCCGUAGCCUCAGUCUCGGCCCCUCUUAAUGUUUUAUCGGAACUGGUAGGUGGAUAUGCUCUGGCAGGAAGACCGAUUGCAAACAUGCUUUUCAAAACGUAUGGUUAUAUCACCAUGGCACAAGCCCUUGGAUACGCAUCAGACAUGAAGCUUGCUCACUACGUGAAGGUUCCACCUAGAGCUUUGUUUAUAGGACAGACAGUUGCUACAGUGUUAUCUGCAUUCAUUUCAUUAGGAGUACUCCGAUGGCAAAUGGCGACAAUCCCUGAUCUAUGUGACCCAAAACAACAUCUACAUUUCACUUGCCCGGGUUACAACACUUUCUUUACAGCAUCUGUCCUUUGGGGUGUAGUCGGCCCCCAUGAACUUUUCACUAAACCUGGAGCAGUAUAUCAUUACUGUAUGUACGGCUUCUUGAUCGGAGCGAUAGCACCAUUUGUACCUUGGACUUUGAACAAGAUAUGGCCUAAGCCAGGAUGGAAGAUGAUUCAUACACCUGUCAUCGUUGGCGGUUUCUUGACAUAUGGAUCUCAUAAUCUAGCAUAUAUAACGCCCGUUGUACCAUUAGCUCUCUUCUUUCAAAGAUACCUCAAACCUCGCUACGUAGCUUGGUAUGAUAAAUAUGCCUUAGUUUUACCAGCUGGUAUUGGAGCCGGUGUAGCUAUCUUUGGUUUGAUUUACUUUUUCGCAUUUCAAAUGAAUGGCCAAACUUAUUCAUGGGCUGGAAAUGAUAUCUCUUUCAAUGGUUGUGAUGGUAACGCGUGUAGAUUAAAAGAAGUGCCUGCUUCUGGAUUUUAUAAUCAUUCAGAAUUAUGAAUUGAUGUGAUCAAAAGCAAAGCAUCAAAAAUUACAAAAUACUGGUGUACUUUUUACAAUUUAAUUGGAUUUUGGAAUCGUUGUUUCUCUGUUUGAUCGAAAGUAUCAUGUAGAUGACUUUUAACAACUGCAAUUUUUACUUUCUUGUUAACUUUUCGAACCAUGCUUUGAUCUUUCUGUAUUCCAUUAUUUACUCUUUCUUGAAAACCCUUUGAUUUUGA